AUUCCUCAACAACUUCAAGUCAUGUUGUUUCCACAAGUCAUCUUUUGUUUUCAAAAAAGUAAUAUACCAAGUCAAAGAUAAUUAAUUAUUCCUCAAGAUGUGGAGAAGAAUACUAACAGACCUCCAAGUCUCACCUCUUUUUAAACUCAAAACCACAAGCAUUUGCAAGCCAUAACAAGAGAGAGAGAAAAGAAGAGUAGUACUCUCUCGUAACUUUUACAAAUCCAAUAUUUUUGUUAGAGCUCCCUCCCUUUGAUAUAUCAAUCCAAAAACAACAAAUGAGUCCCUUGAAGAAGAUCGCUCUCGUUACUAUUCUUGUUUCGUUUUAUAUGUUUUCAUCAUGUGUUUCAAGCACUGAGUUUGAAGUUGGAGGAGAUGAUGGUUGGAUCGUACCACAAUCUAACACGACUCAUGGAGAUGUGUUUAACCAAUGGGCUUCUCACAACCGCUUUAAAGUUGGCGACACUGUCCGUUUCAAGUACAACAAAGACUCAGUUUUAGUUGUGUCAUCAGAAGACGAGUACAAGAAAUGCAAAACUACUAAACCGCAUUUUUAUUCGAACAAUGAGGAUACUGUUUUUAAACUAGACCGUCCCGGUUUCUUUUACUUCAUUAGCGGUGUCUCGGGCCACUGCGAAAAGGGUCAGAAGAUGAUCAUAAAAGUUAUGGAGACGGAGGAGUCUACGCCAGAUUCUCCUUCUCCUUCGUCCCCUUCUUCAUCUUCUUCUUCUCCUCCAUCUCUCCCGGCGUCUACUCACAAGAAGAGCAAUGCCUUAAAAACAACAGUCCAGUUCAGUAGUUCCGGUUUUGUUGUCUUUGCAAUUAUAGCUGUUUCUGUUUUUGGUUGGGUUUAGUUUAAGAAGAUUUUAGGCCGGUUUAGCAUUUUGUUCUCUUGAGGGUUCUUCAUUCACCAUCAGUCCAUCAGGCUGCUUCAUUCUUAGGCACUCACUAUUUCGAAUAAACACAUUGAUUUAUGUUUUAAUCAAAGUAUGUUCUCUUUUCUUGUCGCCUCAUUAUUUAUAUGGAUCUUUACAGUUUC